CACGGGGUGGGCGGAGCUUGAUGUUGCCAGUCGACUCCGGGUUUGAUGCGGUGAUGAAGUCCUCGGUGACCAGCUUACUGUAGUCAGCCCUCCGAGCCACUUACGCGCACAACUUUUCAUAUCCACUGUGCGUAAAGUCUGCUGUUUUAUCCAGACAAGAAAGUAGACAUUCUCUCUCUCAGUUUCAGACGAAUUGUGCUCGUUAAUUCAGGCUAGACUAGACGUGUCGCGUAACAUCCCCAACACCUUUCGUGCGUUCCCCCCCUCCGGCAACCAAAACAGUCUGGAGCUUUAAGGGAAAAAAACAACACUUUGGUGGACUGUUUGCUGAACCAUAGGAGAAGAUGUGGAAGAAGGUACGAUCCGACUGAAAAUCCAAUUGAUCUCUGCUGCUAUCAGACAUGCAGUGAGGAGCCCUAGCUGUGUGAGGAUCCAGCCUGCUCGGUCACCACGCUGAAGCCGAAGGGGGGAUCAUUUGGGAGAAGUCGUGUAAGGCACAAAGAAGCUUAUUAACACCGCGGAUACAAAGUUACAAGCAUGCAGCUCAUGCGCUUGACAGAGGACUGAUGCUGGAGAGGAGCUGCAGCACUGUGAUUUGCUUCUGUUGUUUUUUUAUGGCCAGACUUUCACCACAACACAAAGUUGGACAAUUAGGAGAACUUUCCAGUCCGUGGUAAUAACACUGGGUAUUAAAGCAGCUGAACCCACCCGGCUGGAGGUGCUCCUCCUAAGUCAAAAAUCGACUGAUACCCGCACUUAGCUAAAGUGUAUUUUUCUGCUGCAGUGAUUUGACCACAGUGUGAGGCUCUCUGAACUGAAGUCCACUUUAAAUGCGGAGUGGUUUGCGGUCAGGGAGUGCACAGCCGAGCUGCCAGUGCCAAUUGAUUUGUAAUUCAAGGCAACACAGAAGUCGGUUUACUUUUUUACCAUUUUUAGCUCAAACGUCAUGGAGCUGACAUACUGGAGCAUCGUGCUGCUGGGGUGCAUCUUCCUGGAAUGGGUGUUCAUGGCUUCUGCAGAGGAAGAGGUCCUGAUGAACACUAAGACCGAGACUUCUGAUCUCAGAUGGACCAUCUACUCCAACGCCAAACCAGAGUGGGAGGAAGUGAGCGGCUUAGACGAGGAAAACAACAGCGUGAGGAUCUAUCAGAUCCUGCAGACUAACGGCUCAUCCAGCCACUGGCUGCGAAGCGGCUUCAUCGAGAGAAGAGGGGCGUCUCAGGUUUACGUUGAGCUGCGCUUCACCAUGAUGGAGUGUUCCUCCAGGAGCACCCACCACCGCAGCUGUAAGGAAACCUUUAACCUUUACUACUACCAGACGGACUCUAAUGAGGCCACGUACAACUACCCGCCCUGGAUGGAGAACCCCUACGUCAAGGUGGACACGGUGGCUGCAGACUUUCUCCUGAGGAAGGACGGAGAGAGAAAAUUUAAUGUGAAGACCUUAAGGCUCGGCCCUCUCUCCAAGAGGGGCUUCUACUUGGCUUUCCAGGCUCAGGGCGCCUCCAUGGCUCUGUUGUCCGUCAGGGUAUUCUUCAAGAAGUGUCCUCCCCUGAUCAGCGCCCUUUCCUCCUUUGCCGAGACAGUCCCCCACACUCUUGUGCAGGAGGCGCAGGGCGUGUGCGUGGAGAACGCCGAGCAGCAGGGGCCAAGACCUCGGCCGCCUAAGCUCUUCUGCGGGGAAGAUGGCCAGUGGGUGGGCCAGCCGACGACCUCCUGCGCCUGUAAAUCAGGAUUUGAGUCCGCAGAAGGAAACACAAGAUGCGCAGCCUGUCCUGUGGGUCAGUUCAAGUCCAGCACAGAGGGACUGUGCACAGGCUGUCCAGGAUUCAGCCAUGCCACCUCCAGGGGUUCGUCUGUGUGUGCAUGUCGCUCAGGAUACUUGCGUGCAGAGACAGACGCCGCCGAUACCCCAUGCACUAGACCUCCCUCUACCCCACGUAGCAUCGUCACUCAGAUUAACGACACCACGCUCAGUCUGGAGUGGAACGAGCCUCUGGAUAACGGCGGCAGGACAGACCUGAGCUACAGCGUCAGGUGCUCUGUGUGCAGGUCAACUAAGGGGCCGUGCCUCCACUGCGGAGACAGCGUCAGCUACCGGCCAGCCCAGCACGGCCUUCUGAGUCGCAGGCUGGAGGUGUGGGGCCUGCUGCCUCACACCACAUACGUCUUCACAAUCCAGGCAGUCAACGGGGUCUCACAGCUCAGCGGCAAAGACCCUGCCAGUGAAAGUGUCAACAUCACCACGAGCCAUGACGUGCCGUCGCUGGUGUCUGUGAUUCGGAAGAGUGACUCCACGGAGAGCAGUAUGACUCUGCACUGGUCGGUCCCAGCUGAGCCUCACUACACCAUCCUGCAGUACCAGAUCCGCUACUGUGAGAGGGAGCGACGGAGUGAAGAUCAGUGUCACUAUGCAGAGAGUAACAGAAACCAGGUCGUGCUGACAGACCUCCGCAGGGCCUCCCAGUACGAGGUGCAGGUCCGGGUUCGCACCAUGGCGGGCUACGGCAGCUUUAGUCCUACAGCUGUGUUCCGCACGCUUCCUGAUGGACAAGACGCUGCCUCCCAGUUCUUGGUACCCGGCAUCCUUAUCGCUGCUGGGAUGCUGCUGCUUGUCACUUUCGUCUUUGUGGCCGCCUACUGCAUACGCAGACACAGCCGACUGAAGGAUCCAGAACUGAGCGACAAAAACAACCAGUAUCUUAUCGGCCAAGGGGUCAAGGUCUACAUCGACCCCUUCACCUAUGAGGACCCUAACGAGGCAGUGAGAGAAUUUGCCAAGGAAAUUGAUGUUUCCUUUGUUAAGAUUGAGGAGGUUAUUGGUGCUGGAGAGUUCGGGGAGGUGUGUCGAGGACGGCUGAGGGUCCCAGGGAAAAAAGAGAACUACGUCGCCAUUAAGACGCUAAAGGGAGGCUACACUGACAAACAGAGAAGAGACUUCCUGUCCGAGGCCUCCAUCAUGGGCCAGUUCCAGCACCCAAACAUCAUCCACCUGGAGGGGAUCAUCACCGCCAGCUGUCCUGUCAUGAUCCUCACAGAGUUUAUGGAGAACGGAGCUCUAGACUCUUUUCUACGGCUGAACGACAGCCAGUUUACGCCCAUCCAGCUGGUUGGAAUGCUGCGUGGCAUCGCCUCAGGCAUGAAGUACCUGGCAGAGAUGAGCUACGUCCACAGAGACCUGGCUGCUCGCAACAUCCUGAUAAACAGCAACCUGGUGUGCAAGGUGUCCGACUUCGGCUUGUCGCGCUUCCUGCAGGAGAACUCCUCUGACCCGACCUACACCAGCUCUCUGGGAGGGAAGAUCCCAAUCCGCUGGACAGCACCAGAGGCAAUAGCCUUCAGAAAGUUUACCUCAGCCUCAGAUGUGUGGAGCUAUGGCAUCGUCAUGUGGGAGGUCAUGUCUUUUGGAGAGAGGCCAUACUGGGACAUGAGCAACCAGGAUGUAAUCAAUGCCAUAGAGCAGGACUACAGGCUGCCCCCACCCCCUGACUGCCCCACCCACCUGCACCAGCUGAUGCUGGACUGCUGGCAGAAGGACCGCUCGGCACGCCCUCGCUUCGCAGACCUCGUCAGCGCUCUGGACAAGCUGAUCCGCAACCCUGCCUCCCUGAAAAUAGUGGCUCAAGAAGCAGGAGGACCGUCCUACCCCCUGCUGGACCAGCGUGCACCUUUAGCCCUCUCGUCGUGUGCUUCGGUCGGGGAAUGGCUCAGGGCCAUCAAGAUGGAGCGCUAUGAAGACAGCUUCCUGCAGGCCGGCUUUAACUCAGUGGACCAGCUGGCCCAGAUCACCACACAGGACCUGCUGCACAUGGGAGUAACGUUGGCCGGACAUCAGAGGAAAAUUCUUUCCAGCAUCCAGACAAUGACCUUUCGGAACAAGAGCACAGCAACUGUGACCUUCUAGCUGCUCACCUGUCUCCUUACUGGACAUGACCACCAGCACACUGGAAGCAGCCAUGUACUGAGAGCACUCUGGAUCAUCUUCUGUGACCCACAGACUGAAAGAGCAGUUGGCUGGAUUUAUAAAUGACUGAAAAAAUUCCAAACAGAAAAAAAAGCAAGUCAUCCAGAGAGUGGGCAAGUCUCUGUCUCCCACAGUGACCAAGGGGAGGAAGUGACGUUGAGAGCUGACUCGUUUUUACAGUUUGUGGUCAGUGUUUUUAUAUCUUCCACGAGGUUUGGACCCGAUUACUGCGUUAAACCAAGAGGAGACAGUUUACAACGUUGCUGUGGUAUCAUGUCAUUUUAAAACUGGUGGUUGUUGUACCAAUAAAAAAAUUUAAAAAGUCACUUAGCCAAAGGAGAGGAGACAUACCAGUGCCAAUCCAAGGAUUCAGUGUUCAUAUUGUUGUGUAAUUAUGAAUGAGAACUGCUUUCACCCUGGGUGUCUUGCAUAAUAUUCCAUUUGGAUUAUGUUACUACACAGACCACCUUUGCAUCAAGACAAACAUUUUAACUGUUGGAUUUGACUUCUCCCUUUCCAUUUAAAUUCAACAGUACCUCCUCUUUACUCAGGUGUGAUGUGUAAUGCAGACUUUGGAGAGUGUCACAUUUGACAUAAACAGACUUAUCUCCCCAGUUUGACGCUCCACUUCCAGCUCCACGUGUGAGCAGGAGAAGAGAGACACCGAGACAUAUCAGCACUUUUGUCAUUUCAGAGUGAAUUGUAAUCUUCAGUAGCUCCAUGUGUUUCUCUUGGAGUGUGGUUGGUUUAUUUCCACUGCCUGUGUGUCUGCUGGCAGCUCAGUUUCAUUAGAGUCGGACUAAACAAGGACCAAGCGGACUCAGAGACCAGAGAACACUGUUGAGUCAGUAUUCCGCAUAAAAAAAUUCACCAAGGAAGCUAUCUGGGCUCAGACUUGUUUUUCUUGAUAUAACUGAUACAUUUUUAAUUCUUGUUCUGUCUUCUUCAUCUUCCAGUGCCAUUCAGAUUUUUGUGUACUUCAAUGCCAUUUUUAUAAAGCAGAAAUCUUUUAUGAGUGACUUUUGUCUGAUGAAUUUUAAUAAACCUUAAAGGUCUACUUUGACAUUUUGAAGAUGAGUAUGUAACUAGUCUUCAACAGGUGCUGCUUUACAGUCAGAAAAACAUGGUUUUGGCUUUGGUCCCAAAGCUACACAAGAAAAAAAAAACAUUUUUAACAUUCCCAACAUUUACUGAAACAACAGAGCUACCAGCUUAGCUUCACACUAUAGCUAGAAAACAGCAACCUGUUGCACCAACUGGGUGUAAGUUCAAACAUAGCCUAGUUUGAGCGUAAUUUCUCAUUUAGGAUGAAGUUUACACUCUACUAACAUUUUGGACGUUGCACCAGCUGUGAUAGUUCCAACGUCAGCCUAAGUUACAACUUAAUUCUUACACUUAGCUCCUAGUAGGUGUAAAGUCCUCCGUAGAGUAUAUCGGCUGCCAUGGCGCAUCGUUUUGAAAGUUGGGAUGAAUUGGAGGAUGAGGAGAUACAGAGAGUUCUCACAGCUAGAUUACGACAACAACGCGAGAGAGAUUACAUCCUUUGGAAAAAUAUGGUGACCAAGAUUUGAGCUCCUGAGUAUUAACACAUGUUGUGGUUGAUAAUUUUACCACUCGAUGUCACUGUUGUUAUACACACAUUGUAGAUUAAGGCUUUAGGCUAUCACCUUACUUUAGUUUGUUUCAGCUGUUUGUCAGUUCGAAGACAAUUAGGCACGAAAGGUAAUGCAUCAAAAUUGGUGCUUUCCUCUGAUUGGCUGCUGGAAGUGUAAACAUCAUAUCUGCAACAAUGUUUUGGUUAGUUUGGACGUUAUGGUCUACUAGUUAAGACAACCUUACAUCUCCAUGGUGCAACCAAACAAUGACACAACUUAUGUUACAAACUAACUAGUUUAAACGUAUGGUUUAGUGUGGACUUUACACCCUAACUUAGGACACAACUUGCGCACACCUGGUGCAACAGGCUUGCUUACGACUCCCAAUAUCCAAUAGUUAUAAUAGUUGCUGUUUGUAAAGAAGAGAGCCCCCCUUUAUUUUUCAUAUACAUUUAUUUAAUCAUUUAAUGAGGUGCUUGUUGUUAUGUUAUUAAAGUGUUUAUGUUUUUGUCCUACAUAUACAUACAUUGAAAUAUGUUCUUAUUAACUUGGUAUUGAAAUAAUACCACAGCUAACAGGCUAAGUAGUAGUUCAGCUCCUUCUAUUUUUGGGCUCAGAGUCUUGUUUUCUGAGCAUAUGCUGGGUGUAUUUUUUAUCAAUUGAAUUUUAUAAUUUUUUUAAUAUAGUAUACAAAACUAAUCUCUUUACAUUGAACUUAAAAAACAGUCCAAGUCUGCUAGCUAACAGGCUAGCUUGGAUCCAGUAUCUGGUAUCCUUUGGUUUCACAGUGGAAUGCUAAAACCACUGAGCUGCUAUUUGAUUAGCAGAGCAGCCUUCGCUUCAGUUUAAUCUACUAUAUUAUAUUUUCUUUCAUCAUUGGUUGGGUCAGCAAAGGUUUUCUGCUUUUGUGCCAAAGCUACACAUUUUUCUUUUGACAUUUAGCCUGGGAAAUCACAGUACAUCCCUCCAAGCUAACAGACCAGGGUUUAGUUGGCAGUAUCCAUAGGUUUCAGGGUGGAAUGCUAAUUAUAGCACUGGGUUGAUGUUUGAUUAGCAGACUACUCCCUCACACGUUAUUACAAGUGCUUGUUGAAGACUACUGAGGUUCAAAAUGUCAAAGUAUUCUCAAGACCUUGCAUCUCUUCAAGGAUAAUACCAGCCUUUUUGACAUUUGGGUCAUGUCUAAUUUUUCCCUGAGUUUCAAGCAAACCUGCUGUGAAUUGAGAAAAUGAAGCUUAAACAUCUAAAACAUACUCGAAGUACCACGUUGAAUACAAAAAAAUACGCUUUUCACCAAACCAUGGAGUGAUUUUUAUAGAUUUUCUUUCUGGUGUUUUGUAAGGUUUCAAGAAGUUUGAAGUGCAAAAUCAAACACUUCAACUGUGAUGUGAUAAUAAAUGAACCUUCAAGUCUGGUAGCUGCAAACCAAAAAGAAGAUUAAGUUAUCACUUGAAAAGUUAUGUGAAUUUGAGAUUUCAGAAAAUCAUUGCUGCUCAGUAUAUGUUGGCUCAUAAUCAAAACUGCUGGUGUUGUCCCACAAGAGUCUGAGAGAUCCCUUUAAGGAUUAUGGGAAAUGUGGUCUUCAUAUUGAAGAUCUGAAUAAAAUCAAGUUUGAAAUAAUGAAUAGAUAAAGUAUGUUUUGAUUACUGUCCUGUGUGUAGGCUUAUAUGUAUUCAGUAUUCAUAAUAAAGAUGCACACCAGUGUUUACCAUCAA